AUGGCAAAGGACACGUCACCGUACUGUCUUCUGAUAAUCUGGCUGGGUCUUUACUUGAGUGUAGAGUUGGGAUCAGAUGCAAAAGAUCUAUUCUUAGUUACGUUCAAGGGAAAGUCAGAUAACUCUGGAGACAGUUCCUACACAUCCUUUACCAAUGCAAUGGAAGAUCAAAAUAAACAGUACUCUGGCACGACGGUCAUGGAAGCCCAUCUGUCUGCUGUGAUUCUUCUGCUGAUCUUGUGUUCCAUUGAUGUUAAAGCUUAUAAAGGACCAGCUUAUCUAAAGCCACGCUAUGAGAAAUUCCUCAAUCAGCAUGUGUAUCUAGACAUGAAUGACCAGAGAUGUAACAGUGUGAUGAGGGAAAGACACAUCACGGAAGGCCAAACUUACAACGACUGCAAAAGAUUCAACACCUUCAUAACAGCAAAUGAACAAGAGGUUAUAAGAGUUUGUAAUAAUGCUGGACACAAUUAUAAUGGUACGGCAGGCUUGUAUGAAAGCAACCAACCUUUUUCUGUGGUAUCAUGUGGAUUACAAAGUGGGCAGAUAUAUCCAAACUGUAUAUACAGAGGUAGAAGGUCUACUCGUUACAUCGUUGUGGCGUGUGAGCGCGGGUGGCCAGUACAUUAUGAUAGAGACAUAACAGCAACAAAAUAGGCUCAAUAUAGCCUCACUUUUAAAUGCAUUAAAAAAUUUCAAAAAAAGGAGAAAUGUAAAAGAAGAAAAACAAAAAUGGUUUAAUAUGUUCAUGAUUUUGUUACCUCUCUGUGCUAAGAGUCAAUAAAAUACUCACAACUA